AUGGAGCUAAGAAGUAGACGGAGUGUUGAGGCUUACCUUGUCACACCUGAAGAACCAGCGAAGAGUGCGCAGGAGCCAAACAUGGAACCUAAGGAGCCGUUCACGGCCAAGGAAGAAAGAAGCGAGACUACGAGUGUAUUUAGCCCCGCUUACUCUGAUAUCGCCGCUACUGAUACGACCAGAAAAACCGAUGAUAGCGAAUACUACAAUUUUACUAGUCAUUUCAUGCCUUCCCUAAAAAACACUAGAGAGCUGGAAGGCACAAUACUUAAUCUUAUACAGAAGAUUAAGGAAGGGGAUGAUGAAACUUUGGUUAGUGAAAAAGAUCUUAUACUGAACGUUCUCAAUAGGUCCUUAACAUCCACUUCACACUGGAUGCUGCAGGCCCAGCUAUCAGAGUUAAGAGCCACUUCAGAAGGCAGGUAUGCAGUGGAAACAAACCUGUUGAAGAAAGAGGUGGAGUUUUUGAAGAAUAAGACCCCGAAAACCAGUGAGAAUCCAAGCCUUUCAGAGUUGAUAUUACCCAACGAACAACCUCGUAAACGUAAAAUGUCACUACCAGGACCAGUCUUGAGGCCCUUUUCCACUGAUGCCCGAUUGGAGGUUGGUCAUGAAUCUGUAACCGAUCAAUCGUGGAAAUCCAAAGUUCCAAGACUCCCUCAUACUGCUCCCAGACCAUCUUUGGGCGUUUUCCCACAAAAGCCGUCAUCGGAUAUAACGAAGAGUGAGGGAAAUGAAGGAACUGGCUCACUGGAACUAGUGGAAAACACUAAACCUCAUCCAAGAAUGAGAAGAACGAGUGAUAAUCCAUCCACAAACGAGUACGUAAGAGUUUUCCAUUUGGAGAAAAAGGAAGCUAAACCACGAAAAAAAUAA